GUAUUUCUUUGGGUAGACAAACAAAUUAUAUUUGGCUGCAUAUGACGCGCACCAUGAAAAAUAGUUUCCUUGACCUUUUUCCCCUUCCCAUUUCCCCCACACUCUCACAGCAUCAAAUACAAACAAACCCAAAAUCCCUCUCAAUUUCAAUUGAAAACGUCCUCCAAGUAAAGAAAACAACUUUGCCAAUAAGGCUGUUCUGAAAAACAAAAGCUCAAUUCAAUCCUAUUCAAGCUUGGUUGUUUUGAAUGCUCUCUCUUUUUUUUUUUUUUAUAUCUGUUCAUCAUGCAUUUUAUUAAGAAGUUGAGAGAUAAAUAAGGGAAUAAAUAGGUAAAAGGUCCAAACUUUGAGUGACUUUUGAUUGACUAGUGUUUCCUAGAGGCCAAACACCCAUUUGAGUUUGAGGCGGUUUAGAGGCCUUUUCUUAUGAUGAGGCACAAAACAAAACGAAAUUGGGAGAUGGGGUAUAUUUCUCAAUCGAAAAGGAGAAGGCUUCAGCGAUGACAAAGAAGCUGAGCGCACCUCCAAUGGAGCUAGAUCUCGACUCGUUCAUACACCUCACAAGUGAUGACGACGACGACGACGCUCUCAAUAGGGUUCCUCAUCGGACCGUUGAUGAAAUUCUCAACGAUUCUGAUUCUUCCUCAUCAUCGUUGUCACCUUCCGAUCACUCCUACCUUGCAAAGCAUUCUUCCCUUUUUGAGGAUGCCAAUGAUUCUCGCGACGACGUCGUUUCUGUUUCUACCCCUAAAACUCUUUCCGAUGAACGCCCCAAAUCUGCUGAAUCACUGAAAUUCAACGAGAUUGAGGACCGACUGGUUCAGUUCAAGGCCAAUUCUUUAAGUCGGGUGAGAACCGGCGAUCUUUCGGGGGAUUCGUUUUCGUUGGGCCGGAGAGUUUCCCGGCCGUUGCCGCCGCUGUUUGGCAGUGUUAGAUCGAAUGCGAAGCCGGGGGCGGCGCUCGCGGCUGCUGCGGCCGCUUCGCGGCCUGUUCCGACUCCUCAUGCCGCGGCGAUCAAGUCGAGGAGAGCAGGUAGUGGUGCUCUGCAGAGGGUUUUAGAUACUGAGGAAUUGGGUGGCUCGGGUUUGGAUAAAUUAGGGUCUUCCAGUGAUGUUUUGAAUGGGGCGGGUUCCGAAAUUGCUUCAUCGGAUUGGAAAUCAGGCGAAGAGGAUGAUAAAUUUGAAGAUUUUCAGUCAGCUACAAUUGAAUGGACUGUGAAAGCAGAUGUUGAUGAUAAAGUAUCGGUUAAAGAUGAGAUUGUGGAAAGUUCACAUAGGGAUGGUGAAGUUUUCGACUUGGAAAAGGUACCAACAGAGGUGGUGCAUACAUUAGAAGAAGAUGAAUCAAGGGUUAAUGAUUCUGAUGAAAUUUUGUUGAAUUCCAGUGCCGAAACAGGGCUUGCAGCUUCUCUUAGCAUUGAGGAGGAGAGUUUUGAUUUGAAUGAGGGUUCUGCAAUUUCAGGUUCGUAUGAUGUUAAAGAUCAGAAUAUUGCAUCUGAUAAUGUGGAAGAGACUGCUUCCAAUUCCACAUUUUUGGAUGCUGCAAAUUCUGCUGAUAAGGAUGAAAAGGUCAGGGAGGAUUUGACAAUUUCAACAUUGAAAACACAGGAUCUAGAGCCAGUUGAGCCACCAUCUACCGAUGGUGAAGUGAAUAUUGCUGGUGAUGAUUGGAGUCCAAAAAGUGAUGUUACCGAGCUUGUGGAAGAGAGAUUGGGUCAGUUAGAGAGCAAGAUGGGUAGUAAAAGGACAGAGAAGAAACCUCGCUUGAAGCCACUUGAAUUGGCCGAAGAACUAGAGAAAAGUCAGGCUUCAACUGGUUUGCACUGGGAAGAGGGUGCUGCUGCCCAACCAAUGAGGCUUGAAGGUGUUCGGAGGGGUUCAACAACAUUGGGAUACUUUGAGAUUGACAACAACAACACUAUUACACGGACUAUAUCAUCUCCAGCAUUCAAGCGUGAUCAUGGUUCGCCACAAGUCCUGGCAGUUCAUCUUAACUUCAUUGCAGUGGGAAUGUCAAGAGGGGUUGUUAUGGUUGUGCCCAGUAAAUACUCUGCUUAUAAUGCUGACAACAUGGAUGCAAAGAUCUUGAUGCUUGGUUUGCAAGGGGAGCGGUCUCAUGCACCAGUAACCUCCAUGUGCUUCAAUCAUCAAGGGGACCUUCUCUUAGCGGGAUAUGGUGAUGGUCAUAUUACCGUUUGGGAUGUGCAGAGGGCAACAGCUGCAAAAGUAAUUACUGGAGAACAUUCAGCACCUAUAAUACAUACAUUGUUUCUGGGGCAGGAUUCUCAAGUUACUCGUCAAUUUAAAGCAGUUACUGGUGAUAGUAAAGGUCUGGUCCUGUUGCAUGCUUUCUCAGUGGUUCCCCUGCUUAAUAGGUUCUCCAUCAAAACACAGUGCCUUCUUGAUGGACAAAGAACGGGCACAGUACUAUCUGCUUCACCACUUCUUCUUGACGAAUCUAGUGGAAGUUCUCUGAUGUCCUCCCAGGGAAAUGCUACAGGGUCAACCAGCAGUAUUGGUAGCAUGAUGGGGGGUGUAGUUGGGGGAGAUGCUGGUUGGAAACUCUUCAGUGAAGGCUCUUCUUUGGUUGAAGAAGGUGUGGUCAUAUUUGUCACCCAUCAAACUGCUCUGGUGGUAAGGCUCAGUCCCUCAUUGGAAGUCUAUGCUCAGCUUAAUAAGCCUGAUGGGGUUCGAGAGGGUUCCAUGCCUUACACUGCCUGGAAAUGCAUGACAAUCCACUCACGAGGCUUGUCUACUGAAAAUACACCUGUGGAAGCAUCUGAAAGAGUUUCGUUGCUUGCAAUUGCAUGGGAUAGGAAAGUUCAGGUUGCAAAGUUGGUCAAAUCAGAGUUGAAAAUAUAUGGGAAAUGGACUCUUGAGAGUACAGCAAUAGGUGUGGCUUGGUUGGAUGAUGAGAUCUUGGUGGUUCUUACAUCAACAGGACAACUUUGUUUGUUUGCAAAGGAUGGCACUGUGAUUCAUCAAACAAGUUUUGCAGUAGAUGGAUCUGGAGGAGAUGAUCCUGUUGCAUACCAUACUUAUUUUACCAAUAUCUUUGGGAACCCUGAGAAAGCUUAUCAGAAUAGUAUAGCUGUAAGAGGAGCUAGCAUAUAUAUACUUGGACCUGUGCAUCUUGUUGUUUCUCGCCUUCUCACAUGGAAGGAACGCAUUCAGGUUCUGCGGAAAGCAGGUGACUGGAUGGGUGCCUUGAACAUGGCAAUGACACUUUAUGAUGGAAAUUCUCAUGGUGUUAUUGACCUUCCUAGAAGCCUGGAAGCUGUGCAGGAGGCCAUAAUGCCCUACCUAGUAGAGUUGCUUUUGUCAUAUGUGGAUGAAGUAUUUUCUUACAUUUCUGUCGCAUUUUGCAACCAAAUUGGAAAGAUGGAACAUUUGGAUGACCCAAAGAAUAGAGGCAGUUCUGUGCACUGUGAGAUAAAAGAACAAUUCACUCGUGUUGGUGGUGUUGCAGUUGAGUUUUGUGUUCAUAUCAAAAGGACUGACAUCCUGUUUGACGAAAUUUUCUCAAAAUUUGUGGGUGUUCAACAUAGAGACACAUUUUUGGAGCUUUUGGAACCAUAUAUAUUGAAGGACAUGCUUGGAUCUCUUCCUCCUGAGAUUAUGCAAGCACUGGUGGAGCAUUAUAGCAGCAAAGGGUGGUUACAACGAGUUGAACAAUGUGUUCUUCACAUGGACAUUUCUUCAUUGGAUUUCAAUCAGGUUGUCAGGUUAUGCCGGGAACAUGGAUUGUAUGGUGCCCUGAUAUAUCUUUUUAAUAGAGGUUUAGAUGAUUUCAAAGCACCAUUAGAGGAGCUUUUGGUCGUUUUGCUAAAUAGACCAAGAGAAAGUGCUUCUUCCCUUGGGUACAGGAUGCUUGUUUAUCUGAAAUAUUGCUUCUCCGGUCUUGCUUUCCCUCCAGGGCAUGGAACUCUUCCCCCUACACGCUUGCCAUCUCUUAGAACAGAACUUGUUCAGUUUCUACUGGAGGAUUUGAAUGCCCUUAAUUCACAAGCAGUUUCAAGUCUGUCAUCCACCAGAGCUCUCCCCAACCUGUAUCAUCUCUUAGAGUUAGAUACUGAAGCUACUUUAGAUGUUUUGAGAUAUGCUUUUGUAGAAGAUGAAAUUACAAAACCUGAUGUUUCUUUGCAUGAUUCAACUGAUGCAAAUAUGGAGGCUGGGAAAGAAAUUGAUUUGAUGGGUGAAAUCCAGAAUUUAUUGGUUCAAAAUACAGUAAAUGCUCUUAUUCAUAUUCUUGAUAUCUCCCAAAAAAAUAGGUCUUCUGGCAGCAGUGAUAUUGGGUCAUUAGAGUUAUGGCCUUCAAAGAAAGACAUGGGUCAUCUAUUUGAGUUUGUUGCAUACUAUGUUGCAUGUAAAAGAGCUAAUGUCUCAAAAACUGUACUGAGUCAGAUUUUGGAGUACCUGACUUCGGAAAAUAAACUUCCACAAAGUUCCUCCAAAGAAAGUGUUGGUACUUUGAAAAGAAGAGAGAAACAGGUGCUUGCACUUUUGGAAGUAGUGCCUGAAAAAGAUUGGGAUGCAUCUUACGUGCUACAUCUAUGUGAGAAAGCAGAGUUCUACCAGGUUUGCGGUUUAAUUCAUUCUAUCAGGCAUCAGUAUCUUACUGCUUUAGAUAGCUAUAUGAAAGAUGUGGAUGAGCCUGUUCAUGCUUUCUCCUUUAUCAACCAUACAUUGUCACAGCUUAGUGACACUGAAUCUGCUGCUUUUCGGUCAGCAGUCAUUUCUCGAAUUCCAGAGCUGGUAAACUUAAGCAGAGAGGGCACAUUCUUUUUGAUCAUCGAUCAUUUUAAUAAAGAGAGUCCACAUAUCCUCUCUGAACUUCGUUCUCAUCCAAAAAGCCUAUUCCUUUAUUUGAAGACGGUCAUUGAGGUUCACUUAUCUGGCACCCUCAACUUUUCUUGUUUACAAAACGACGAUACAAUGGAUGCUUCUUGUGGACGUAGGGUGAAGAAUCAGUUAUAUGGACUUGAGGCCUACUUGGAAAGGAUAUUGGAUUUCCCAAAGCUACUACUUAAUAAUCCAGUUCAUGUAACUGAUGAAAUGAUAGAACUUUAUCUUGAGCUAUUAUGUCAGUAUGAGCACACCUCGGUUCUCAAAUUCUUGGAAACUUUUGAAAGCUAUAGAGUAGAACACUGUUUACGCUUGUGCCAAGAGUAUGGAAUCAUUGAUGCAGCUGCCUUCUUGUUAGAGAGGGUUGGUGAUGUUGGAAGUGCUCUUUUACUUACUCUUUCUGGCCUCAAUGAUAAGUUCAAUGUGCUCGAGACUGCUGUGGGAAGUAUACUUUCUGAGAAGGCUUCUUCUGUGGAUCAUUUGAACACUGUUUUAAAGAUGAAGGAGGUGAGUGACAUAUAUGAUAUAUUACAUACCUGCAUUGGACUAUGCCAGCGGAACACCCCUCGUUUGGUUCCUGAGGAGUCAGAAUCCCUCUGGUUCCAGUUGCUUGACUCGUUCUGUGAACCUUUGAUGGAUUCAUAUGAUGACAAAAUAGUUUCAGAAGUAGAAAAACCUGUUGGAAUACUAGCUGAAUCCUUGGAAACACAAGCAGGUGAUGAGGCAUGCCUGAAUAAGUGGAGUAUCCCAAAAUCCCAUCAAGGUGCUCAUCUUCUGAGGAGAUUGUUUUCUCAAUUUAUCAAAGAGAUUGUUGAGGGAAUGGUAGGAUUUGUUCGCCUUCCAGUAAUCAUGUCGAAACUCCUCUCUGACAAUGGGAACCAGGAGUUUGGUGAUUUUAAAGUGACCAUAUUGGGAAUGCUGGGAACUUAUGGCUUUGAAAGAAGAAUUCUGGACACCGCCAAAUCCCUGAUAGAGGAUGAUACAUUCUACACCAUGAGCUUGCUCAAGAAGGGAGCUUCUCAUGGAUAUGCACCCAGGAGCCUAAUAUGUUGUAUAUGUAAUUGCCUUUUCACUAAGAAUUCUUCUAGCUCUAGCAUUCGAGUUUUCAAUUGUGGUCAUGCUACUCAUCUUCAAUGCGAACUUCUGGAAAAUGAGGCAUCAAACAGAAGUUCUUCAGUUGGAUGCCCUGUUUGUCUGCCUAAGAAGAAGACUCAGAGAUCUAGAAGCAAAUCAGUUCUCAUGGAGAAUGGAUUGGUGAGCAAGGUUCCAUCAAGAAAGCCCCAACAAGCUCAGGGGACUAUUGUUCUUCACCCACAUGAAAAUGAUGUGUUAGAGAAUCCUUAUGGACUUCAGCAAAUCCCACGGUUUGAGAUCUUGAAUAAUCUUCAGAAAGAUAAGAGAGCAAUCCAAAUUGAAAACCUGCCCCAGUUGAGGCUUGCACCACCAGCUGUUUAUCAUGAAAAGGUGGCAAAAGGAAUUGACUUUUUAACCGGAGAAAGUAGUAGCGCCCUUGCAAAAAUAGAAAAACCAAGUAAAACCAGGCAACUCAGGGAGCUGAAAGUGAAGGGAUCAUCAAUCCGUUUCCCUUUAAAGUCAAGUAUAUUUGGCAAGGAGAAAACCAGCAAGCGGUGACAAAGGAUGACAGAAGAGCAUCAUGUAUAGACUAACAAUACUGAAGAACUCCAUCCAAAGCUAAAAUAAUCAAACCACAUGAACUGCCUUUUUGACCCCUUCGAUCUUUUCAAUUGCUUGAAAGUAGGCAUUUUAAUCUUUUUUGGUAUCUGUUUUGUGUUCAUAUCAAACAACUGUUGUAACUGUUUUAAAAUUGUAACGAAUUUAUACACGAUAUUAGAAAAAUGAGGCCUUAUUAUGUAAUGAAAUGAGAAGAGAAUUACACCAAUGAUCAAAGGAAUACUUUUCUUGGUGACAA